UUUACCAAUUUCGAUUCACAAGCAAAUUAUUUCCAAUUUUACUCUCGCCGCUGUUCCCUUUUCACUUUUCUUGCUUUCAUGUUUAGUGCCUCUUCUGCAAAAGCAAAGUCGCCUAUCACAUGUAUGUUUUCAGGGUGGAAUGUCAAGAGGAGCAACUACAAAAAGUGGGCCGAAACGGCUCUUAACUAUGUAUAAAUAUAAUUAAUUUUUGUGUAAACUCGGGUUUUGCAUGAAAUUGCAUUGUUCUUGGACUGUAAAUUUUUUUUAUCCAAUCAUUAGAGAAUAGAUUACGUUUUAGGAUGUUAAUAACACAAAUCGUGAAUUUCAAAUGUGUAAAACUCAGUUGAUCGGUUUACAAACUUACUGGAAUUUACUUCCCUUAUUAUUCAUGAGUUAUUUUUUUUUUUUUUCCAUUUUCCGUGAUUAAUCGAUAAGUUUUGUCUUAUUUUGCCGCUGUCACUUUUCAUCUUUAAUUUUAUAUAGAAAAACUUGAACAAACAAUUUGUUGAAUUUCUUUCGGCGAUUUAGAUGAACUUUGAAAAUGAUGAAAUCUAGCAAGGGGAGAUUUUUUUUCACCUGGAUUGAUUUGAUCGAUGAUUCGACCGAGAGUAGUAUAGUAAGUCCAAGAAUUUGCUUCGAAUUCGAUGGCGGAUUUGACAAUGUUUACAAUCAAAGGGCAAAGCUUUGGCUCUGCCGCUCUUUCUCUCUCUCUCUUUCUGUCUUUUACGCACAAGUACAUUUUCUUCAAGAACCACAAGCAUAUACCUUUUUCUAUUCCAUUCUCUGUGUGUAUUUACUGGCGGACUCUCCAGGAGGAUUCCAACUUCUGCUAUCAUGAAGCCCAGCGUCAAUCAACAGGAAAAGUACAUUCGUGCCCGUGAUAACCCUUUUUUUGACGGGAUGAGAAGAGGUGAAGCAGCAGUUCUAAAUGGGGGUAGGAUCUUUGACUUCCCGGAAAAAUUAUCUGGCAAAACCAUUUACAGGUCAGCCUCAGACAUUGGUGAUCGAGGGUCCAAAGAAACUAAUGAUGCCAUAUCUGAAGAUGUCGAUUACAGUCCAACACAUCCACCCUCAGACAUUGUUCUUGAACCUAUUGGAAGAUCAUUAUCUGGGAGGUGGUCGAAAACUUCAUCUCCGCUGGCAGUUCCUCUGUCAAAUUCAGAAGUUGACUAUGAUGGCGUAAAUAUGUCAUCAACAAUUUCCAAUCCGAAUGACUGCAAUGAAAAUGAAGAGUAUCUUAGUCUGACUGGCUUGGCAAGGCCUGGGAUUGAAAGAUCAUACACAGUGAGUAAGAGAGGAACAAAUCUAUCUAAUGUUCCUCUUCCUCCUUCAGCAGCACUAUUUUAUUAUGGGAAUUCACCACACAUGGAAGUUGUUGAAUCAUGUGAAGGUGUCUGUAAGCUGAAUAUGUAUCUGAAAGCUAAAAGGGAUUAUGUGACUGCUGGCAUUCCUGGAAGGUUCUUGCAUGCUAUAAUUGGGCCAGAUGUCUCUGAUGUUGGAUCUGUGGCUUCAACAAUCAUGUAUGCCUUUUAUCUUGGCGAGACACUUAAGAGCAACCAGUUCUGUACUGUUCCGAUCCUCAACAUGAAGAGGGAAGAUGUGGUUUCUCGUGCUGAUCUCAAGUGGCUGUUUGAUUCAUGCCAUAUUGAUAUGUCGUGCUUAAUUUUCAUUGAUGAGAUCGACUUGCACUAUUAUGAUUUGUUUGGGAGUCUUAAACUAGUGUUACUCAACUGUGAUAAGCUUCCAUCCAAACAAGAGGCGCUGAAAGAGGCUUUGGUUGAAAUCUUUCACUGCGGAAAGCAGUCUGAUACUUCAUAUUCUUGGGUUGAUUACGUCAUCAUGGGACAGGAUGCCUCCUGCUGCACAGUUAUUGCUGAAAAAUUUGCAUUGACAUCACCAGAGAUAUUGGCAGGACAAGGAUUUAGUCGACUUCUGUUAGCAGGCAUUCUUUUGGACACUGAAAAUCUAUCAAGCCCUCAGUGUACCUCCAAAGAUAAAUACAUGGCCACGUUGUUGCUUAAUGGAGCUGGUCGAUAUGGAUGCAAUGGUCUUUACCAAAUUUUGAGUUACAAAACGCACGGCGUAUCCUACCUCAGAGUAGGAGAAAUUUUGCGGAAGGAGUUCAAAAAAUGGACAACGUUAGGAAAACCAGAUGGUCGUGGUCCUAGGUUGCCAGCAUCAAAUAUAGGGAUGAGUUCAAUUGGAGUGGAAGUUGCACAACUUCUAUCACAUGACAAAACUUCAACACAAGAAAUCAUCCAAUUCCAGCAAUUGGAAAAACUAUGCCUACUUAUUGUCGUUUCUGGCUAUUACGAUUCUGAGAAUAAGUUCAAGAGGGAAAUACUGGUCUCUGCUGAAUCUGCUGAGUUUAUGAGAAAUCUGCUACAAUACCUCAAUUCAUAUUCAGCCCAGCUGCCACUUAAAGUUAAAUAUCAACCAGGUUUAAAAGAUGAGAUGAGAGUGUUUGAGAUAGAUAAAGUUACAUCAAGGAGGACUAUUGAAAAGCUCCUCGAAGAAUAUAGUGUUGUAUCGAAAUGAACUUGUGAAAUUAUUGGAAUGCUAAAUUAAACAGUAUCCCUGCAUUAGCAAAGUGGAAGGCUAGAGUUGCAGCUAUUCAUUUUCAAGCAGCAUUUCAGUUGGCGAGUGUAUUUUGUUUGAAUUUCUCUUCUUCUUCUUUUUUACAAGAUACAUAAUUUCUUAACAGCAUUGUCCACCAUUAGUUUCUCAUAAUUUAGUGAACCAUUUUGCAAUA